AUGAGUAUGUCCAUCAUCGGCGUUGCUCUUGUUAUCCCUACUGUGGCCUCAUACAAUAUCCGACAGCUGCAGGUCUCCACACCCAUCCCGACUACAUCGGCUCCUUCGGGGCCCAACACAGCUUGUGAUGAUAUGUGCAGGAGCCUCAACGACGCCGCCUCCUACUGUAAGUGGUGGUUACCGGUACCCGUCUGUCAAGUUGGUGAUCAGCCUUGCAGUGACCAUAGCGUGUGUGAGUCCCAGACUUGGCCACCUCCAGUUGAUCCGACAACUGCUGCCGGGGGCCACCCAUUCCAGUCUGCUCCAUGUGACGCCUAUUGCGUUGGUCUUAACGGCCCAUCUUCAUACUGCAAGUGGUGGAAACCUGAGCCUGUUUGCCAAGGAGGUGAUCAGCGGUGUCGCCCGUCGGAGUGCCCCACUGGUGAUCCUCCUACAACUGCCGCUCCUCCUGACGAUCAUACGGGCCCGAGCGACAACUGUGAUGCUUAUUGCCGAUCGCUGAAUGAUGGUUUAUAUGGCACUAGGAUAUCAUAUUGCAAAUGGUGGCUCCACGUCGCUGUUUGUCAAGAUGGUGAUCAGCCUUGCGGCCCGUCAGUCUGCAGCAGCUUCCCCACAACUACAACAACUACCACCACUGUCUCGACCACAUCAACUCUGUCCACGGCUCCCACCACAGUAGUCUUUACUACUGUUGCCGCUACCACUGUGGCUCCCACUACAGUCUCGCCUACUACAGUGGCCGCUACUACUGCUGCUCCCACUACAGUGGCCGCUACUACAGUGGCCGUUACUACUGCGGCUCCCACUACAGUCUCGCCUACUACAGUGGCCGCCACUACUGUGGCCGCUACUACUGCGGCUCCCACUACAGUCUCGCCUACUACAGUGGCCGUUACUACUGCGGCUCCCACUACAGUGGCCGCUACUACUGUGGCUCCCACUACAGUCUCGCCUACUACUGUGGCCGCUACUACUGCGGCGCCCACUGCAGUCUCGGCUACUACUGUGGCCGCUACUACUGCGGCUCCCACUACAGUGGCCGCUACUACUGCGGCUCCCACUACAGUGGCAGCUACUACUGCGGCUCCCACUACAGUCUCGGCUCCCACUACAGUGGCCGCUACUACUGCGGCUCCCACUACAGUGGCCGCUACUACUGCGGCUCCCACUACAGUCUCGGCUACUACAGUGGGCGCUACUACUGCGGCUCCCACUACAGUCUCGCCUACUACUGUGGCCGCAACUACUGUGGCCGCAACUACUGUGGCCGCUACUACUGCGGCUCCCACUACAGUCUCGCCUACUACUGUGGCCGCUACUACUGCGGCUCCCACUACAGUGGCAGCUACUACUGUUGCUCCCACUACAGUCUCGGCUACUACAGUGGCCGCUACUACUGUGGCUCCCACUAGAGUCUCGCCUACUACAGUGGCAGCUACUACUGUUGCUCCCACUACAGUCUCGCCUACUACAGUGGCCGCUAGUACUGUGGCUCCCACUGGACUCCAGGUCACUACUGUGUCGCCCACUACGGCUCAGGCUACGACUACUUCGAUAUAA